CCUGGGGUGAGACCUCUACGCCAUGUCCAUCAUGGUGGAAGCCGGAGAGGAGCAGUCGGGCCGGAUGACGGCCGAGGGCAUCAUAGUGAACACGCGGCAGGUGAUGAAAGGGCUGGAGGCCCUGCGGAACGAGAACCUGAGCAUCCACCAGCGGCUCCAGGAGGCCUUGCGGAAGGAGCAACACCUCUGGAGCCAGAGGGAGGAGGUGGCCGCAGGAGCCGUGGACACCGAGGCUGUGGACUUGCAGGCCCUGGAGUUGCUGGAGGAGAAGCGCAACCUGGUGUGCAAGAGCCUGGAGGGGAUUGAGCUGGGCAUCGCAGAAGCUCAGAUGCUGAUCGCGCUCUCCUCGCACAUCGGGGCCCUGGAGGCCGAGAAGCAGAAGCUGCAGGCCCAAGUGAAGCGGCUCAACCAGGAGAACGUCUGGCUGCGGGACGAGUUGGCCGUCACCCAGGUGCGGCUGCAGCACAGCGAGGAGGCCGUGGCCCAGCUGGAGGAGGAGAAGAAGCACCUGGAGUUCCUGAACCAGCUCAAGCAGUACAACCCCAAAGGGGGGGAGCAGGCAGAGAAGGAGGAUGUGGAGGACAGGAAGGACACCCUCUCUGCCCUUUUCCCAGGCGAAGACGAUGACCAGCGACACGGGAGCCCGAGCCCGAGUGCGGCCGCUCAGCAAGGCGGGUACGAGAUCCCGGCACGCCUCCGGACCCUCCACAACUUAGUCAUCCAGUACGCCUCGCAGGGGCGCUAUGAAGUGGCUGUGCCCCUUUGCAAGCAGGCGCUGGAGGACCUGGAGAAGAGCUCUGGGCACAGCCACCCGGACGUCGCCACCAUGCUGAAUAUCUUGGCCCUGGUGUACCGGGACCAAAACAAGUACAAGGAAGCCACAGACCUUCUGAACGACGCCCUCGACAUUCGGGAACAGACCCUGGGGGUGGAGCACCCUGCGGUGGCUGCCACUCUCAACAACCUGGCUGUGCUCUACGGCAAGCGUGGGAAAUACACGGAGGCAGAACCGCUCUGCAAACGGGCCUUGGAGAUCCGUGAGAAGGUGUUGGGGAUGGAUCACCCGGAUGUGGCCAAGCAGCUGAACAACCUGGCCCUCCUGUGCCAGAACCAGGGCAAGUUUGAGGAAGUGGAGCAAUACUACCUUCGGGCUCUCCGCAUCUACCAGACCCAGCUGGGCCCCGACGACCCCAACGUGGCCAAAACCAAGAAUAACCUGGCCAAUGCAUACCUGAAGCAAGGCAAGUACCAGCAGGCGGAGGAGUUGUACAAGGAGAUCCUGUCCACUCAAGACCUGGAGCUGGCCGCCAGGCGAGGCGAGGAGAGCAGAACGCGUGCAGGAACAGAGGGGCAGCCAGAUCCGGAUGCUCCGGGCCACUUCCGGCGCAGCAGCUCCUUCUCCCGGUUCCGUGAGUCGAUCAAGCGCGGCAGCGAGAAGCUGGUCUCCAAACUCAAAGGGGAAGGGGUCCGGCGUGGCCCCCUCCCCCCUCCCCCAGGGUUGAAACGGGCCACGUCUCUCAACGUCCUGCACGUGGGCGAGAGGACAGCUGCUGUGUCUCCCACACAGCCCAGCCGGCCCCUGACUGACUCACGCAGCCUGAGUUCCAGUAGCCAGAACCUCCUGCACAGCAACUCUCCCUAGGAUCGGGCGGGCCGGCCCCUGCCUUUGCCUUGCCACCAGCGACCGGCCCGGAGAUCUAGUCUCUCACCCCCACCUGGCACCGGUGCCCACAGCAUGGCUCUUCGCUUCCAGCUCCGGCCUGCAGGAAGAGAGCCCCAGAGGGGGGGACUCUGCUGCUACCGGCAGCUGCUGCUUCUCAGGAAGGGGGGGGGGGAUCCAGCAAAGGACUCUGUUGCCCUCCUGGGCUGCCUUCGACUCUGCAUAUUCUCCACUGAUUUGCACUCUUGUCCCCAACAAAAUUUUGGCUGCUGUAGCUGUCCAAAAAGCCACUAUUUAUGCAACUGGGGCUAUGCUUCCCUCCCCACCAAUAAAGAUGGUUGGAAUUA